AUGUACUCCGCCGAGGGAAGCAGCAUGAACUAUUACGUUCCGCUUCAGGACGCUGAAACUCCACCGAAGCAAUGUACCAGUAUUUCUGUUUGUGAUCUUAGCGUUUUACCCACGAGUCGUGCGGUUCGCAUACUGGGCAGGCGAUACGCGCUGACGGCUACAGGGUAUAAGUACUUGGAAAUCGGCAUCAACGUCGGUCCACCGAGCUACGUCGAGAUCGUAAUAGGCGAUCAUCGCGGGAACGAACUCAUCCUGUCUCUUCAAACGUGGAAGGGACUCUACGAACAACGAUGGGACAUUCAGAACCGUCUCCGCAAGGAUGUUCGCGGUCGUUCUAUCAGCGUUGGGCCGUUGACGGUGCGAUUCAGUGAGAGUCCAGUGUGUGAUACCAAACUCGUUUGUCUGGAUUCGUCAAACGUACGGUUGAUGAUGACCGAAUCGACGUUCUUCACCAUGAUUAACCUGGACCUCUGCAUCGAGCUGACGUACACUCAGUUGGAUCGUGUCGUCGAAAUAGUCGAUACAAAGUUCGUACAAUAUUCGAAUAUCACGUCCGCCGAGACUAAGGAUGCGUCGAACGCCAUACGCGCCAGCGAAUGCUUCAACGAUAAUCACAUUAUAGAUUGUGAGCUGUUGGCUCUAGUUUUUGGUAAACCGAUGUAUACCAACAUACAAUAAAAAAAUACUUUUACAUGUAUAAGGUAUACUGUUCUUUUCCUCACACUCAUUUUCCUCAUGUACUCGAGUAUCCUCUGUCGCAAUUGAUAGUGUCACGUCCGGGGAAGUGAGAAUGUAGACGAUCAGGUACCUG